AUGGAGCACUUUUUUAAGUUCCUGAUGUUGAUGAUCGUGAUAAUCCUUUCUACAGUGAUUACAACCGAGUCUUCUGUACCACAACCAAGAGCACCCAACUUCCAAUAUUUUGAAAGGCCCAAAUAUCGAUAUCCGUAUUACGACGAAAAUGGCAAAGGGAAGCUUUUGUACGGCUACGGAGGACCGGAGUUGUACCAGUAUAAAUCUUAUUCCCCACUAGAGGGCAUUCAU